AUGGGUAACGGUCUAAUACAAGUGAAGCCUGGUUUGUGCGAAGAUGGAUGUGAUCUCACAAUCAGUUGGCUCUUUUUUGGAGGUAUUUUUUUAUUAACUUUAAUCGGUCUUCGUCGUAUCUAUCAUAUUUACCGACCAAAACAGCAUCAAAGAAAAAUUAAUCAGAACGACAAACGUUUACCACGACGUAAAGAUACAAUAAAGGACUUCUCACGUGCUAUUCAAACCAACGAUCAAUUCAUUCUUCCUGUUAAUCCCAGUAAAAGAACUGAGACUCAUCAAGAUGUUUAUUUUUUGUCAAUUGCAAAGUCCUCUACAACUUGUAUUGUCGGUAUGGAUAUUUAUGCAAUCCCAAUUGAUGAAAUAGAUAAACCUAUUAAUCAAGUUUUUCCAUUGAUCGAAGAACGAAAAUUAAUUUGUUAUUGCGAUGGUAGCUAUUCUCAUUAUAUGCAAAUAGGUCACUUUGGAUUUCGAGCUUCUAAUGGGGCGCAUAGAAUUCGUUUUUUUUCUCCUCGUGAUCCAAAAACUGGUAGUACUGAUACAGAAGUUCUUGCUGCAUGUCUCGCCAUUCAGUAUGCAUUAGAAAAGCAUUACAAUAGAUUGAUUAUCUAUACUGAUAAUUCUAAAGUAGAACAACUUCUCAAACGUCCGAGAAAGAAAGACAUUAUUAAUUAUUCUAAUACUUGUCAAAUUCUUAA